AUGUUAAAUCAAAGUGACGGUUUUGCCAUGCUGGCAGUACCAGUUGUGGACAGGGUGCUAGUCUAUCCCCUUUCUCUGUGUUUUAUCUAUUUUCUUUUAUUUUUUUUCCCCAGGAAACUCCGAGUUAUACCAGCAGACACAUUCUUGAAGACCUUUGCUUCUGAUCGCUCCCACAUGAAGGAUCCCACAGGAGAAUGGCGCAUGCCGCCACCCACAUAUCCCUGUAUUGAGACCACAGAAUGCAAGAUGAACCUGGAUGACUUCAUUAGCAUGGAUGCCAACAUUGGAUGGGGAGUUGUAUACACUUUAACAGCGUUCACCCAACAGUUCAGUUGAAAAAAAAAUCAGCACAUCUUAAGUGAUCUGAGGCAGUCUAAUUCCAAGCACAAAAGUUUUCAAAAUGCCAUUGCACAAUACUAAAGAUGGCUGGAGAUCCGAUUUCAUAAAAAUAUGUUGUCAAUUAAUGUAUGGUGCGUUUAAUUCAAACUAUGUGCCCUAUCUUAUUGGGCCUGAACAUUUUUUUUUAAUUGCAAAGAUAAAGUUUAAAAUAUUCUUGGAUAGCAGGAUCUCAACUUGUAUAUACCACAAGACUUAUUUUAAGUAUAAAAAUAAAAAAUUCAGAUAAA